AAGAGGUUGCACGUUAGAAAGGCGGCCUGUGGUCGGUUGGUCAUUCAUUCUCCUCCCUUCUUUACACUCCCUCCCUCUUCACCACUUCAUUCAGUUCUUCCAUUCAUUCUCUCUCUAUCUUUCUCUCUCUCUCUCUCUCUCUCUCUCUUCAAAUUAGCAAUGAGGACCUUGUGCCCUAACUUGGACAACGAAGAUGCUCUCGAAACUGUGCUCGAAGUUCCCAUACCGGAGGAAAGCUUUGAAGAUCACACCAAGAUCAACCACAAUACCAUCACCUCUAACUGGCAAACCAUGAAAUCAUGGAUCAAACCUCACUCAACUGAUCAAACACGCCAAUUCUCUGAUUAUGGGGGUCGGAACGCCCAAAUUCAGCUCUUGCUAGGAGUCAUCGGAGCUCCGCUUGUCCCUCUUCCUAUCUCCUCCGUCCACUCCACCAUGAUCAACCCGAGUAUCCAAGAUCACCCUAUCGAGGCUUCGAUGGCUAAAUACAUCGUGCAACAAUAUAUAGCAGCGGCGGGAGGAGAAAGGGCUCUGAAUUUAGUUGACAGUAUGUAUGCUGUAGGGAAGGUGAAGAUGGUGGCGUCGGAGUUCAUCUCUGAAGACGGAGUAUCUAUUAACUGCAACGGUUUAAGCGGCGGCGGUAAGGCCAUGAAAUCGAAGAACGUGAAAAACGGUGGUGCUGAGAUGGGUGGGUUUGUGUUAUGGCAAAAGAGGCCGGACCUUUGGUCUUUAGAACUGGUUCUUUCCGGCUACAAGAUCAGCGCCGGCAGCGACGGCAAGGUGGCGUGGCGGCAAACACCGUGGCACCAUUCUCAUGCAUCCCGAGGCCCCCCUAGACCUCUCCGUCGUUCCUUACAGGGUCUUGAUCCAAAGUCAACGGCCAAUUUGUUCACGAAUUCAAUUUGCCUUGGAGAAAAGACCAUCAACGGAGAAGAUUGCUUUGUGUUAAAGCUUGAACCACAUCUUUCGGCACUACAAGUACGAAGCAGUAACAAUGUGGAGAUAAUGAAGCACACGAUUUGGGGGUAUUUUAGUCAAAAAACGGGUCUUUUACACCAACUUAAAGACUCGCAUCUCGUAAGAAUAAAAACACCCGGGAGCGAUAGCGUGUUCUGGGAGACCACCAUGGAGUCACUGCUCCAAGACUAUCGGACCAUUGAUGGAGUUAACAUCGCUCACGGUGGCCGGACGACGGUGUCGUUGUUUCGGUUUGGGGAGGACUCCGAAAGCCAUUCACAAACGAAAAUGGAGGAGGUUUGGACGAUCGAGGAGGUGGAUUUUAACAUAAAGGGUCUCUCAAUGGACUGUUUCUUGCCGCCAAGUGACUUGAAGAAAGAGGACGAUCAAUCAAUUGUGCACGCCACAAGCGGCGACAAGUUCAUCGGAAGUGCUAGGCUAACCUCCAAGAGCAGAGGAAAUUCUUCGAGGUUCGGAGUUCAUAAGAUUGCCGCAAUCGAUUCCAAUGGUUUUGGGGAUUUGUGACAAGUGUCAUAAUUUGUAUAUAUUAUGUCUAUAUACCGUUGUACAAGCUGUAUAAUAUUUACAUAUAGUGAAUCGUUUGAGCUUGACGUGCUCUUAGACGAUC